CGGAGAGCGGGGCGGUGAGGGGGAGAGGCCGGAGCCGGAGCCGGAGCCGGAGACGGAGCCGGAGCCGGAGACAGGGCCCGGGGACCGCCAGAAGAGUUUCUGUGAAGAAUGUCUUCAAUAUUAAGUGAAAAAGAUUUGAAAACACAAGAUUCUUAUUCAGAUCCAUAUGAGCAAAACAGUAGGUCAGAAAUUGAGGUCCAAUCCAAGAGUUGUGACUUAUCCUCUUCGGGUGAUUCCACUUCAUCUCUGCUGUCUCCCAUUUAUCAUGAAAGUUAUGAAAGUGAAGAUGAGGAAAAUGAAGCUCCAAACAAGCAGGCAAACAAACUCUCAAGCAGAGAAUCAGAAUAUACACCAAGGACCUGGAAAGAGAAUGCUUCAAAAGAGCCAGUAGUUUCUACUCCACGGAGACAGAAGGAAUCCAGACACAACAGUUUGUUGAAAAGAGAAAGCCUGCACAAGAGUUGUAAUUUGGAGUUUUCAAGAGACUCCACCACUUCUCUGCUCUCUCCUAUUUAUCAUGACAGCUAUGAAAGUGAGGAGGGGGAGAAUGAGGCCCCCAUGACACCUACAAGUCAAGCUUCAAAUCGCGAGGUGACACCUGCUGCAAAUAAACAGAGAAGUGAUGUGUCAAAAAGAUCAACAGCAUUUACUCCUGUGAGACCAAAAACAUCCAGAUUUAAAGCUUCAUUAAGAAAGACAAAACUAAGUGAAGGGGAGGAGCAACGUCUUAGGGAAGUUGAACUUACUGCCUGGGAGAAGUGGCUUAUCAAGAAAGCAAAGGAAGAACGCAUUAAAAUACAAAACAAAUCUCAACAGGAGAUGAUAUUAAAACAAACAAAAUUAAAAGAGCAAGAAGAGCUUGAAAGGAAGAAAAUUCUUGCAGAAGAUGAGCAUAAACGUUGGGUGCAGAGAAAAAAUGAAAAGGAGCAGAUGGAGAAAGAAAUGAAGCUUCACAAGGAGCAGGAGGAAAAAAAAGCCAAGGAACAAGCAAGAGGACUUGCAGCAGAAAAAGCAAGUGAAAAAUUUCAAGAAUGGCUUAAGAAAAAGAAGCUGCAAAAAAUGGAGACAAAAAAGAUAGAAAAGGAUGAAGAGGAAAAAAGAACAGCUGAGACACAAGAAAGGAAGGAAAAAGCAAACAAGGUUUACCAAGAGUGGUUAGAAAAGGUCAAAACCAGACCUCGGACCGUUCCAAGCAGCUUUGGUUAUGCUAAUGGUAAACUCACGGGAUACUAUGAUGGAAGUUCAUAUCCGGCUCCAAGCUACUGCAAUCCAAUUCCAUGGAAGCCCAUCCCUGUACCACAUUCAGAAGAUACCGCUAAAAAAAUAAGUUGCAAGAUCAAAGAGAAGCCAAAAUCCACUUAUCUAUAUGGAACACAUUCAAAUGUUGCUUUCAGACCAAAGGACAAUCUUAUUGUUGGAACAGCAUGGAGAAAAGCAAGAUGACUUUUUUUUUUCUGACUGCAUUAUUGCAUUCCAUUAUUUAAAUUUUCACUCCUGUUUUUUUCUUGGUAGCAAUGUCAAGAUUGCAUUUUUUAAUUCCAUGUUUAUAUUUUAAUUAAAAAACAAUUUAAUAUUCCCAUGCAAGUCUCAUCGGAGCUGUUUUUGUUCUAAUUUUCAUUAAACAACACCAUAGAAUAUGAAA